AUGGAUGGGGAGCCUGUUUACAGGAGAAAAUGUCGACAUAGAUUCUGCUUCAAGGAAGUUUGGACCUCACAUGAGGAGUGUGAGAAUGUUAUAAGGGAAGUGUUGAAUUACCCUGUGGUCAGGGUGCCUAUGUUCCAGGUUGUCCACAAAAUCAAGGUCACUAGGGUUGCCCUUCUUAAGUGGCAGCAUGUAGUUUUUAAGAGGCGAAACAAGGAGAUAAAAGGGGCAUUGAACCUCAACUUGGAGAUGCCUAUGUUGACUGAAGAAGUUCGGCUUCAGAGAUCUCCCAUUUCCUCUCUAAGCGCCGUCGGGGGAAAAAAGGGUUUCUUAUCUUUAAAGUUGGACAUUAGCAAGGCAUACGAUAUAAUUGAAUGGAAUUACCUUUGCUGUAUUCUAAUUUGUAUGCGGUUCUUGCCAAAAUGGAUUGCCCUGGUGAUGGAAUUCGUUUGCUCGGUCUCUUACUCGUUUGUUAUCAACGAACGUCCUAGAGGCUAUCUUCUCCCCUCUCGUGGGAUUCGACAGGGUCACCCCAUUUCUCCCUAUCUAUUCCUACGUUGCGCGGAAGGCAUGUCUGCCCUUAUUGCCAAAACGGAGGCAGAAGGAAAAAUACAGGGGGUUUCUAUGUGCCCUGGUGCCCCAAGUGUGAAUCACCUGCUAUUCACAGAUGAUAGCCUUCUAUUUUGUCGGGCUAACGUGGCUAAAUGCCAUCAGAUUUCUGAGAUUCUCACUUCCUAUGGACGUGCAUCGAGUCAGAAAGUUAAUCUUGAAAAGAGUGAGUCCGUUGCACUUGCCAUUCCAUUAUACACUAUGAACUGCUAUCUUCUGCCUAAGUACUAUUGUGAGGACUUAAAUCGAUUAAUUGCCUCCUUUCGGUGGAACAAUAUUGAGGGAAGGAAAAUAAUUCAUUGGCUUUCAUGGGAGAAACUAUGCAUUCCGAAAGUUGACAGUGGCUUGCGCUUGCAAAAUCUCUAUGCAUUCAAUCUCAGCCUUCUGGCUAAACAAGGAUGGAGGAUUCUCAUGGAUCCUAACUCUCUGGUUUCGAGGGUUCUAAAAGCUAAGUACUUUCCCAGCGUCACCUUCCUCGAGGCCUCGGUGAAAGCCGAUGCGUCCUACUUUUGGAAGAACAUUUAUGCAACUCAGAAUAUAAUAUCCCUAGGAUCUAGUAGGCAAGUGAGUAGUGGCGCUUUGCUGAAAAUAUGGGAGGAUCCAUGGAUUCCUUUGCCAGCUCGUUUUCGAAUUUUUACUCCCAAGAUGGAUACCUCGCCUCUCUAG